AUGCCCUUAGAUGAUGUUAAUUAUGAUCCGUUAGAGGAUAUAACUACAAUUCUUUCGGACAAGGACACACUAAAUACAAUUGAUGAUCUUAUAUCACAAACAAGGGCAUUCAAACUUCAACUUGAAAAUAACAUUAUUGAAGUGGAGAACGAAGAGCUUUCUGACAGCGUCAUAGGUGAAAACUAUGCUGAAAGGUUAUUUAAGGUAUUUGAGGAUUUUACAGCUAGUCAGAAGAUGGCAUCAUCCACUGAGUAUACGAUAACGAAUUUAACACAAGGUAUUGCGCAUCUGGAUAAUGCAAAACGUAAUAUUACACAGUCUAUGACAUUAUUUCAGAACCUCAAAAUACUGUUUGAUAGUUUUCUUGAAUGCAAAAGGUUGAUAAAGGAUAAUCUUUUUUUAGAGAUGGUUUCCCCAUACAAAAUAAUGUGCUCCUUAACUGAAAAUACAUUUAAUUCUCAUAAAUCUGUUGGUGAGAUUAGCAGACUAUUACUAGCAAUUUCUAAACUACAAUCAGAAACACUGAAUAAGAUAAAAAAUAUAUACACUAAGCUUCUGAAUGGAGGCGGAGCUCCAGAUCCCUCACUAGCUUUACAGCUAAGAGAAGGUGCUUGUGAACUGGUUGAUUCAGAUUCAAAUAACAAAUCACAAAUUAUAGACUGGGCAGUGAAAAAAAUAUUAUACGAACUGGAAGAAAUAUUUCAACCAGAUGACGAGGCAGGAUCUCUUGAAAAUUUACCUCGUCGAUACGUUUUUUUCAAGAAGGUGUUAACUAACUUCAAUAAUACAUUGGCAAGCUCUUUUCUUCCUAGUUGGAACAUGCCAUUAAGUUUGACCUGUAGGUUUUUUCAGAUUACAAGAAAAGAUUUGAAGCUUCUUUUAAAUAAAGAGUUUAAAAAUAAACAACCAUCUAUCGACUUAUUCAUGACAGCACUUCAAGCCACCAUAGAUUUCGAAAAAUAUAUUGACGUCAGAUUCUCCAAUAAAUGUGAAGAAGAGAAGCUAAGUAUGUGUUUUGAACCAUUUUUAUCAUUGUGGGUAUCGCAUCAAGAUAGAAUGAUGCAAGAUAAAAUGAUGUCUUAUAUGAGUGAGAGUAAAAUUUCUGAGAGUCCUUCAGAAUCACUAGUGGCACCUUCUAGUGCCGAUUUAUUUAGAACGUAUAGGUCAUUACUCUCACAAAUACUGGAACUUAUUGGAGAUAACAAAAAUGAUAAAGUAUUACUAUCACUGGCAACUUUUUUUGCAAAAUGGUUGGAUGCAUAUAUGACUAAGAUACUCAGUCCUCUAAUUUUACCAGAUAAUAUUGAAAUUCAAGAUAAGGAAGAAGUGAUACAAUAUACAGUUCUGCUAGUAAAUACAAGCGAUUAUUGCUCCACUACUAUCGAUCAACUGGAGGAAAAACUCUCUGAAUUCACUACUGCUCCUCAGAAAAUAUCUGAUACGCUUUCCAGAACAAAAGAUUCAUAUGAUAAUCUCCUUGCAAGGGCAAACAAAUUAUUGCUUCACCGAGUUAUACCAAUGGAUCUCGCUUACGUGUGGAAGGAAUUCAAUAGUACUGAUUGGGCCCAUGUAUUGGUGGAAGAUUAUAGCAGGUAUAUGAUUACAUUAAAAAACUUAAUCUCUGUACGUACAACGGAUAGGACACCAGGUACAUCUAAUAAAUCUGCCUUGGAAUCUAUAAUAGUAAGAUUAAAUCGAGAUGCGUAUAAGUGGAAUUUCUUUGACAAAGUCGUAGAUCUUAUUAUAUCGAAUUACGUCGAUUCGAUAGUCAAGUUAUUGCAGCCUUUACCACCUUUCGCAACACUAAACUCCAAGAGACAAUUGACUGUUAAAAAGGUAAUAUCUGUUGGAGAACAGCUUCUUUUAGAUAUUGAGUUACUAAAAGAAGUUUUCCACAACCUUUUAAAUCACAUGGCUGAGUUAACUUCCUCAAUACAUGAUAUGUCUGCAAAGAGAAUUAAACGUCGUAUGGAUUCUUCUUUGGAGCUAUUACUGCAUUUUGCCAAAAUACUGGUAUUACCUUUAGAUUCUCCAGAAAACUAUUAUAACGCCUAUUCUAGACUGACGGACAAUAAUUCUUAUUCCCUUAUCUGGGCUUUCAUAUUCUCUUUAAAGGGUACAGAAUGGGAUUUAGCAUCGUGGAAAGAAUACUGGUUUGCUUUUAAGGAAAAAAUGGCAGAAACAUCAAGUACUGAAAACGAAAACGAAGCUGAUCUAUUUAUUUUCAAAGGAAACUCGAAACAUCUUACCAGGUUCGAGGCAAACUUGGGGAGGAUACAAGAAACUGCGUGGUCCGAUUUCGUCAAGACCGAACUACAUAUCACAGUACCCAGAAGAGUAAUUUAA